AUGGGUAAGAAGGCGAAGGGCAAGAAGGCGAAGGGCAAGAAGGCGAAGAAGGAGGACAACAGCGCAAAGCAGCGACAGCGUGCUGAUGAUGGUUAUGAUGACGGGAACGACAGGUGGGGAGGGCAGCAGCAUCGGCGGGAAGGAAGGCGGCAGGGACACAAGCACAAGAACAAGGGGGGCAAGCAUGCGCGUGAGCAGCGGCGUGACUGGGGGGAGUUGGAGGAAGACAAGAAGCUGGCGCACCAGCUGCACGGGCAAGGGUUUGUGUUGCGGGAGGUGGUGGGUGAUGGCAACUGCAUGUUCCGGGCCAUCUCAGACCAGCUCUACAACACGGAAAAGCAUCACCGCGACAUCCGCCGCGAUGUCACAGACUACAUGCUUCGUAGCAAGGAAUACUUUGCACCAUUUGUCGCAGACGACCAGACCUUCGAAUCCUACAUCGACACGCUGAGAAAGCCGGGCGAGUUUGGAGGCAACGAUUGUCUUGUAGCAUACUCCCGCUUGUCUGACACAGAUAUCGCUGUGCAUCAGCACGAUCAGCCCGUGUGGGUCAUACGAGCGAAUGAGGAUGGAAAGGCCGCCAAGAAGCAAAUCCACCUCGCCUAUCACAGCUACGAGCACUACUCCUCCGUGCGAUCGCCAAGCUCCGGAGACGUGGCCCAAAUACACAUCAAGCAGACGGGCGCGUCCUUCUCCUCCAGCAACGCGGCAUCAAAGGAGCCAGCGCCCGAGGCAUUAUCGAACAAGAAGAAGGAGAAGGAGAGGGAGAAGAAGAAGAAGAAGAAGAGCCAGCCACAGGAGCGAGGGACUGGUGGCGAUGAUGGUGGUGGCGAUGAGGUGAAGGCGGGAAAUAAGAUGGAGAUCAAUACAGCAGCGAACACGAAAUCAGAUGAGAACUCGCAGCACCACACUCCACCAAAACACAGCAGCUACAGCAACAACAAAGGCACCAACAGCAGCAGCGGCAGCAGCACGAAGCGCCACGGCGCAGAAGUCACAGCAUCAACAACAGCGACCACGACAACAGCACCACCUUCGGCUGGGGUCGCGCUGACGGCCAAGUCGAAGCGGGAGCGGCGGCAGGAGAAGAAGCAGAUGAAAGCGCUUGCACGAGCACAGCAGCGGAAAAGAGAGAUGAUGGGACAGCAUCACAAUGGCGCCAAUAGCGGUGAUGGUGAUGGUGUUGGUGAUGGUGUUGUUCGGCAACUCACGGCACUUGCAAUAUGA